AUAUAACAGUUAGAAACGCUGCAAGCUGCAUUCUGCACUGACACAGGCACAGCAACCAUUCCGCACUGACACAGGCACAUCAACAAGUCUUCAACCUACAAUGACUGGGUAUACGCUGACAUACUUCCCCAUCAGAGGGAGAGGUGAACCAAUACGUCUGCUGCUGGCAGACAAUGGUGUCUCCUGGAAGGACGAUGAAGUGCAAAUGCAGGACUGGCAGGCAGGGAAAGUAGAACUGAAGAAAACUGCGAUCUUUGGCCAGAUGCCUCGGUUUCAAGAUGGAGACUUCGCAAUUUACCAAAGCAACGCCAUCCUGCGAUACUUGGGGCGCAAGCACGGUCUCAAUGGCAGUAAUGAGAAGGAAAGUACAAAAAUUGACAUGAUAAAUGAUGGUGUGGAGGAUUUGAGGCAAAAGUACUACAGAUUCCUCUUCACGGAUAAUGAGGAAAACAAGGAUAAAUAUCUGCAGGAUCUAAAUACUUUUCUGGGUUAUUUUGAGAAGAUCCUCUCCGAGAAUUCCAAAGGAUCUAAGUACCUGGUGGGAGAUAAGAUCUCUUAUGCUGACUAUAAUCUUCUGGACACCCUGCAAUGCAAUCUAGACCUUUCCCCAACAUGUUUGUCAAAGUAUCCACUUUUAUCAGCUUACGUGGAACGCAUAAUCAGUCACCCUAAACUCAGCGCAUAUUUGAAAUCUGAUGGCCGUAAGCGACGCCCUAUCACCCCUAAGCAUAAGUGAACAAGAAGUUUCCCCAUAUCAACUUCUGUAUGGCAUUCCAUAAUGAACUAUAUAUUUAUGCAAAGAAAAUGAAUAAACUUUCUUGAAUCUUAUAA